CAGUUCCGCGAGGGCAGGAAGUUACGUCACGUCGGCGGCCGGGAGUCCGCGGUGCUGAUGGAGCCGCUCUGUCCCGACGUCAUCGCUCACGAUGACGACAUCUGACAUCUCGAGCGACGUCAUGAUCGAGCACGCGAUGUGACCGCGGCGUCGAGUCAUAUCAGAUGUGACUCGGAUGCUCGUAGCUGCUAGCUAGCUGUUAGCCUUUAGCCGUUAGCUUCGUCAGCCCGCUGCCCCGCCCCCCCCCCCUCCGUCCGUCCAUCCAUCCUCGCCGCUGCAGUCAGAGCUCCAGCGGGCAGCGAGCGGCUCCGGUGGUCGGCCGCCGCAGCAGCACAGAGUCCGGACACAUCAUGAGGAGGCCUUAAGUGUCACAUCCGCGACGUCGACGAGGCAUCGAACGCAGACAUGGCGUCGCAGUUGCAGGUCUUCUCCUCCCCCUCCGUGUCCUCCAGCGCCUACUCUCGUUCGAAGAGGCUCAAAGUGGAGAACCCUGCCUGGGACGUGUCCAACCAGCUGGGAGACAAUGGUUACUACCAGCAGAGCCCCACCCAGGGAGCUGCACCCUCCACCUCUGGCUCCAACUUCAACCCGGUGUACAACCCCAACCAGGUGCCGCCGCCGACCGCGGGCUCCCGGGAGCAGACGGUGGUGCGGGCGGCGGACAGCACGGGCAGCCUUCGCGGACCUCCCUCCUCCUCCUCGUCCUCCUCCUCCAGCCGUCGCGUCAAGGACGCCGAGUCCUCCUCGCAGCCGUGUGACCUCUACCACAAGCAGUACAGCCUGAAGCGGAAGAGCGAGGAGGUGGACAGCAGCGACAGUGUCCAGAUACUGGAGGAGCUCUCGGCCCCCGUGGUCUCAAACCGCACCGGUGGUGGAGGAGGAACCACCACAGCUCAAUCCAUAGCACAUUCCACUUCCACCACGAAGAGCAGCAACUCCCACAGCGAGGGCGACUACCAGCUGGUCCAACAUGAGAUCCUGUGCUCCAUGUCCAACAGCUACGAGGUGCUCGAGUUCCUGGGACGCGGCACUUUUGGCCAGGUGGCUAAAUGCUGGAAGCGGGGCACAAACGAGAUUGUGGCCAUUAAAAUCCUGAAGAACCACCCGUCGUACGCUCGGCAAGGUCAAAUAGAAGUGAGCAUCCUGAGCAGGCUGAGCACCGAGAACGCCGACGAGUUCAACUUUGUCCGCUCGUACGAGUGUUUCCAGCACAAGAACCACACGUGCCUUGUGUUCGAGAUGCUGGAGCAGAACCUCUACGACUUCCUGAAGCACAGCAAGUUCAGCCCGCUGCUGCUCAAGUGCAUCCGGCCCAUUCUGCAGCAGGUCGCCACGGCGCUGAUGAAGCUGAAGAGCCUGGGGCUGAUCCACGCCGACCUGAAGCCCGAGAACAUCAUGCUGGUCGACCCCCUGAGGCAGCCGUACCGAGUGAAGGUCAUCGACUUUGGCUCCGCCAGCCACGUGUCCAAAGCUGUUUGCUCCACCUACCUGCAGUCCCGAUACUACAGAGCGCCAGAGAUCAUCCUGGGCCUUCCUUUCUGCGAAGCCAUCGACAUGUGGUCUUUGGGAUGUGUCAUUGCUGAGCUGUUUUUGGGAUGGCCCCUGUACCCUGGUGCCUCCGAGUACGAUCAGAUCCGUUACAUUUCCCAGACCCAGGGGCUUCCGGCAGAGUACCUGCUGAGCGCGGGAACCAAGACCUGCCGCUUUUUCAACAGAGGCCCCGACUCAAGCUACCCCCUCUGGAGACUGAAGACGCCCGCAGAGCACGAGGCCGAGAUGGGGAUCAAGUCAAAGGAGGCGAGAAAAUACAUCUUCAACUGUCUCGACGAUAUGAUGCAGGUGAACAUGACAAACCUGGAGGGGACGGACAUCUUGGCGGAGAAGGCGGACCGGCGGGAGUUCAUCGACCUGCUGAAGAAGAUGCUGACGCUGGACGCGGACAAACGCGUCACGCCCAUGAAGACGCUGAACCACCCGUUUGUCACCAUGACGCACCUGCUGCACUUCCCCCACAGCUCUCAUGUGAAGUCCUGCUUCCAGAACAUGGACAUUUGCAAACGCAGAUGCAGCGCCUUUGAGAACGGCAAAAACAUGUUCGCCAGCAACGGUGCCCCGAGCGCAGCCGCCAACCUCACCGUCACCUUCAGCAGCCAACUGAACCAGCACAACCAGAUGGCCUCGACAGGAGGCCAGUCCCUGUCCCUCAGCAGCAACGUUCCGUUGCUGAACUACCAGCCGGGCCUCUACCAGCAGGCCACCAUAAACAUCCCGGGCCUGACCCAGCAGGGCGUCCCGCUGCAGACCAGACCCGCCCAGCUCUGCGCGCAGACCGAACCCUUCCAGCAAACGCUCAUCGUGUGCCCCCCCACCAUCCAGGGUCUUCAAACGUCCAACAAGCCGUCUGGUUAUCCCGUGAGGAUGGACAACUCUGUGCCCUUAGUGCCUCAGAACCAGUCGUCGCAGUCUCUUCACAUCCAGCCGGGAAUGUUGGCACAGCAGGGCUGGCCCGCAGGCACACAGCAGAUACUAAUCCCCUCCACCUGGCAGCAGAUGCCGGGCGUGGCCAUCCAUAACCCCGGGCAGAGCGUCGUGGCCGACUCCUCCAUGGGAGCCCCCGUCUCUGACGGUCAGCAGGCUUCAGGCUGGAGGGGUCGUCAUGGCAGCCAGUACGACGGUGGCAGCCAGCAGGACCCUGGCGCUGGUCGUCACGCCGCCUCCCAGAACCACAGCUCUGGGGCGACUCACCCGAGAGCCCAACAGGGCAAGAGGCCGAAGGCUCGACACGCCGAGAGCAGAGCCAGGGCCGUGUCGUCCGCCACCGUCGUCCACAACACGUCCACCUUGGCCGGGGACCAGUCUCAGCCCAUCGUCAUCUCCGACACGCCGAGUCCCGCCGUCAGCAUCAUCACCAUCCACAGCGACUCGGAGGACGAGGACGACAGGAAGUUCCCGGCCGCGUGCUCUGCGACGAGCCAGAGGACCAACGUGAUCAGCUGCGUGACGGUGCACGACUCCCACGACUCGGACUCCUCCACCAGCAGCCCCCUCAGCCCCAAGACCGCCCCGCAGCCCAGCAAGGCCCUGGCCGUUGUCACGCCCUCUGUGAAGAGCCAGCCUGGAGAGAGCACAACGCACAAAGCUCCGGCUGUUCCAGAUCAAACUACGAGCGGCGUUGGCAAGUCCAAGAAGGAGUCGCCUGUUCAGUCGGGUCGACCUGGAGAUUCCAACCCUGAUCGCCAUCAGCGGGCCGCUUCCAGCAGAUCUCAGCCUCUCAACCUGAGUCAGGUACAGCAGUCCGUGAUGUCAUCCUCCCACGACCAGACAGGAAGCGGCAGCAGCUCCCUGAGGCGGCAGCCCACGUACCCUCCUCCAGCCUCCUCCCACUCAUCCUACCUCUUCGCCGCGACCCCCAGCCUGUACGCGUACCCGGCGUCCGCCGCCCUGGCCUCCGUGUCCCAGGCCGUGGACCAGAUGCAGGGCGGCUCGUCCCGCCACGGUAGAGCGGGCGGGGCGUACUCCUCCUCCUCCUCGCUGGCGCUGCUGCAGAAGAACGGCGCUUUAGCCCUGGGGGGGCCUGCUCCGGGACAGUACGCCAACCAACACCACCAUCAACAGCCGCCGGCGCCGCAGCAGCAGGGGGGGGAGCAGAGGGGGGAGCAGCCGUUCCACCGCUCCACUGUUGCUUACCAACGAAAACCCAACCAGUUUCCCUUCCUGUGAAGACGGACGGAGACAGAAACUCCGUGCAAAGAACCAAAACCUGACCGAGACUAGAGACGAGCACAAGCUCAACUUUUUACUUUCCUUUACCGUCCAGCUCACCCUGACCCUCUGGUUGUUUUGGAUGAAAUUAAUCACAGAAUGUAUUUUAUAUUUUAAUCAUGGUCAGUUUAAAAAAAAAUAUAUUCUUUCUUUGGUAGUUUGUGUGGCGUUGAAUACACUGACGCCUGGAGGCGUUUCAACAGUGUGCUGGUGGAGCUGAAGGGAAAUGUGGGAGUUGGAGCCCUUUCUUAAAAAUCCAUAAUUCCCAAAUGAACAGAAUCAAACUUGGAGAUGAAAAAUACUUCCUCACUGCACCGUGUCGAUUGGAAACGUGUAAAAACCCACAAAAAUUUUCAUUUUAUUUGAGAAACUUGUGUUGAUGAGAAACUGUAACUUGACUAUUAUGCUGCUCUGUUGUUAUUAUUAAUGAUUAAUAAUGGACAUGUCAAUCAUCUAAUAAUGGUUAAAAAAAAUACAUUAUACACAGUCGCCUUACUUAUCUAGGCCAAAUUCUUUUGUUAUUUUAUAUUCUAAUAUGUCGGCACUUUGUUGUGAUGAGUUAAUGAGUAUGUUGUAUGUUUUCUUUGUGUGUGUUGUGUUUAAUGGUGUCAGUGUUUUUCAUGUUAAUUAUGUUCUGUCCAUUGACUUGAUUAUAUUUAAAUGGUUCCAUGUUUGUUUAGUUUUUUUUUUUACAGUUUAAGUUUUUAGGGAUUGCUGACAUGAAGUAGCAUUCAGGAGAAAUCUGUAAACUACAGCGCUCGCAGACGGAUCGGUCACGUCACGUUUUAAUUUGUAUGACGAGCGCAUAGAUGAUUUCGUAGAAGCUCUUGUCUUGUGAACCUUGAUGUCUGUGAAGUGAAGUCUGACUGGAAUCAUACGUAUCGUGUGAAAGUUACAAAAGCCUUUUAGAUGAAACCUUCACAGUAUUUGCAUUUGAAAUUGUGAAUAAUCAUCAUCUGACAAAGAUAAUUUAUAUAUAUAUAUAUAUAUAUAUAUAUAUAAAAACAUGAAUUGAUGUUAAGUAUGUCACUUGCUUCUAAAACGAAAUUCCUUGGUUUAGUGAAAUGAUGGUUGUUACAAUCCCGCUGUGUUGUGAUGUGCUACAUGACGCAGAGCACACGAUGAACCUGGACACGUUCAUACGCAAUAAAAUCUUCUCAAAACA